AUGGCGUCGCCGGUCCUCGUUGCCGUCUGCGCCGCCAUCGGCGUGGCCAUUUACACAUAUUUCUCGAAUCUGCGGAGGAAUAUCCUCAAAGCGCGCAAAACGGGCCUCGUCUAUUUCGUUCUCCUAUGGCAGCUCACUUUCAAGAUAUGGGUGCCCCUGAUCAAGCGGCUCCCCAAGGCAAUAUGGGAGGACCGGCUCUUUGUCAUGAUCCCAGAUUGGGCCUAUCACACCGGCCAGGAAUACUUUGAGCGCCUGGGCACCGAGACCUUCUUGGUCGUUUCUCCCGGCGAAAUGCUCCUGUACACGCAGCACCCCGAGGUCAUCCACCAGAUGACGCAGCGCCGCGAGGCCUUCCCCAAGGACAUUGCCCGCUACGGCAUUCUCAGCAUGUUUGGCCAGAAUGUGCUCACCACUGAGGGCGCCAUCUGGCGCGUGCACCGCAAGGUUACGAGCGCCAGCUUCAACGAGAAGAAUGCCGCCCACACCUUUGCCGAGGCCAUCGCCCAGACCAGGGGUCUGCUCGCCAUGUACUUCAACUGGGAGCCCGAGGGCAAGCAGGCGACCACGACCAAGACCAUCACCACGCUCGAGCACGACACCAUGACCUGGGCGCUCAACAUCAUCGGCUAUGUGGGCUUCGGCCUGCGCCUGAUCUGGCCCGGCCAGGAGCUGCCCAAGGACAUCGACCCCAAGAUGGCCAAGUACGGCAGCCUACAGCCGCCCGAGGGACACACCAUGACCUUUGCCGACUCCCUGGCCGGCACCCUGGAGAGGAUCGUGGCCAUCCUCCUUUGGCCCCACUGGUUACUCCGCAUCCUCCCGUUCAAGUUUGCCCGACAGGCAUACGAAGCAAAGGUCAAUUAUCUCCAGUACAUGGACGAGUUCCUGCGCGACAAGGUGGAAGAAGCGCAGCGCGGCGGCAGCGGGAGGGAAGGGAUGGACAUCAUGGGCCAGCUGGUGCAGUCCAAGUACGGGCAAAAAGCCAGCAGCAGCGGCGGCGGGAGCGGGCUGCAGGACAGCGACAUCAUCGGCAACGCCUUCAUCAUGAUCGUGGCCGGGCACGAGACGACGGCCAACACGCUGCACUUUUGCCUGGUGGAGCUAGCCAGCAGACCCUCCGCACAACGGCGGCUGCAGCGCGACGUCGACGCCCUGUUUGGCGGCGCCGACCCUUGCUCGUGGGACUACGAGAAAUCCAUCAACGCCAUGCUUGCAUCCCACAUCGGCGCGUGCGUCAACGAGACGCUGCGCAUGAUGCCCCCCGUGACGGGCGUCCCCAAAGUCGUCUCGCUCGACGCCGACCAGUCCAUCACCAUCGACGGCGCCACCCACGUGCUCCCCGCGGGCCUGUCGUGCAGCCUGCUGGCCGUCAGCGCCCAGCGCAACCCGCGCUGGUGGCCGAAACCGCCGGGGGGGAAGGGGGGUGUUCACGACCUGGACGACUUCGUCCCCGAGAGGUGGUACCGCUCCAACAACACGGGGGGUGGUGGUGCGGACAAGGAGAACGACAAUCAUCAGGACGGCGAGGAUUACGGCGGGUUCCAGGGCAGCGACGUCAGCGCGUCACUGUACCGGCCCGUCCGGGGCAGCUACAUUCCCUUCAGCGACGGGCCGCGGUCGUGUCUGGGGAGGCGGAUCGCCAUGGUGGAGAUGGCGGCGGUGCUGGCGGUUGUUUUCCAGCGGUAUAGCAUCGAGCUUGCUGUGGACGAGUGGGCGAGCGACGACGAGGUCGAAAGGAUGGGCCCCGCCGAACGGAGGGCCCUGUACGCCAAGGCGCAGGCCAAGAGCAGAGAGACAAUCAGGCAGGCAAACUCGCUGCUGACGCUCAAGCUGCACGGCGGCAAGUUUGUGCCCGUCAGUUACGAAGGACUGCGCAAGACCGACCUUGAGCUCGCCAUCGACGAGUUCCUGUCCGGGAACGCGCCGCUGUACCAGUCAAACCCCAAGCUCAAUGACUACUUCAAGAGCCGCGCCCGCGCCGGCGGCUCACCUAUCAAGAAGGAGAUUGUACCCCACGUGGAGAUGAAGAUCUCCAAGCGCAGGCCUGCAAACCCAACCACUAACCGCGCAAUCUACAGAGUGGAAGAAGAAGAGGAGGAGGAAGAGGAAGAGGAACCGGAAGCAGAAGAAGAACCCGAAGCCGACGAAGAAGAAGAAGACGAACCCGCAACAACCACCGCAACCAACGCGCUCGUCCGCACGCCAGGCCGCGCGCUCUCCCUCGCCGCAUCGCGGAUCCAACUCCCCGCCUCACCAGCCGACGUCGCUCAGGCCGCAGACCGCGCAACACUUGCCGUACGCGCGCGCGCCGCGUCCUUGUACCGCGAGUCCGGCCUGGUGGAGGCGACGCACGCGACCCGUGAGUGGCUUUCCACCGUGCACGCCGUGCUCGCGUCCGUGGCCCUGUUUGAGCUGUUCCGCCUGCGCCAGGAGCUGCUCCCGGACCGCUACGCCUUCACCAUCCCCGCCAUUGCGCCCCUCGGCACGCCUGAUUAUCCCGUCCACCUCCCGGACAUGUUCGCGCUGGUCACGGCCAAUUUCUGGGCGCCUGCCCUGACCUGGGCGUUGACUAGUUUGAUUGUGCCCGGUGUGGUCGGGUGGUUCUUUAACCUCAGCGCUGCGGCGGCUGCUGCUAAUGGCAAUGGGACAGGCCCCAAUGGUGCUGCUGGUUCUGCUGGCCAUCAUCAUCAGGAGUAUGCCGUCGACCCGCUCAUGUUCAGCAUUGUCAAGGCCCUCAUGACGUACGUCGUGUACGCGCAGGGCGUGACGUUUGGCGGGCUGAUCAGCCCCGAGUCGGUGAGCCGCAUCAACGGUGCUCUGUAUAGCGGCUGGCAGGGCGUGCUGGUGGGCACGGCUGUGUCUGGGUUGACGGCUGUGUACGAUGCCGUGUUGAGGAAAUGA